AUGGACGGGCGUGAGUACUGCUCUUGCGUACCGUUCUACCAGGGCGAAGAAUGCCGAGAGAUGUUGUGUCUUAAUGGAGGCGUCGAGACGGAUAGAAAAUGCCAAUGCCCGCCCUCAUUCCUCGGAUAUCACUGCGAAAUUGACGCAAACCGGACGACGCAUGGCAAUCGAUAUGGACGAUUUGGGGACAGUCAGCACGACGGCGAGCUGUUCUCGCGUGACAUCUCGGGCACCGUGUUCAGCAUGGUGAUGAUCAUUGUGUUGAUCGUGUCGAUGUAUUUAUUGAUGAAGCAUAGGAUGCACGCACAGGAAAAAUUGGGAUUC